AUGGUGACAUUGAUGCCGUGUAGCUACCUCGGCGGAGCGUCCCCAAGAUGCAGCCUGGACCACACCGAGCCAAAGACAAAAAGGGCAAGACCUGAUUCAGGCACUGAUGUUCGGUUGUCGGGCGAGGCCAACGCCAGCCCGUGCGAGUCAGAGUCCACUUCCGAUUCGCCGCCGUCCCUGCUGCAGGAUGCGACGUUGCCAGCUCUCCUAGUCUCCGGCGCGUCCACACUGUUCCAGCCCGCGACCAGCGCCGGCGCCGCUCUGGGCCUCGCCGACGGGCUAAGCCUGCCACAGGAGGACUGCAGCCUGGCGAAUGGUUGCACGAGCGCCCUAAGCGGUCUCGCCUUGCCGCUCACCUCGUCCGGCGGGCUCUGCUCCACAACGUCCUCGUCCGUCGCCUGGUUGAUGAAUGACGAUAGCACGGGUGGUGGCGUCAAGAGCGAAGUGCGCAGCCCAGGGCUGUGCGAAGCCGACGUGGCUUUAUACGGCGAAACGCUGCCCUACGACCAAUCCGCCCUGCCCUACCAGUAUUACAAUAGCAUGCAGCAAUAUGGCGGCGGAGGUGCGGCCUCGUCGUACGUCAGCUCCACCUUGUACAACCAGCCUUACGCCGCUUACCCGCCGCCGCACAACACUAACAAUAGAUCAUCUUGUAAAGCGACACCGACAUAUCUAAGCGCUUACGGCGUGAGCAGCGUGGGUACCGUACCAAGCUCCGGCUUCGCUACGCAGCCCUCGCCAUACGCGUACUCAUCGUACAACGGCGGAUUGGCGCAGUCCUUCCCCAACGCACAACAGGACUACAGCAGCUAUGCAUCAGGAUAUGCGGAUCACAGUGUUGCACAAUAUGGUGGAUAUUAUGCCACUCCUAGCUACUCCCCUUAUGUCAGCUCCCCAAGCAGCAGUGGAAGCGCUGGUCACACUUCUUACCAUCUUGGCGGAGGCUUAUCAGAUUCUCCAUCUUCAAUGGUACCAUCAAUAAAUGACACAAGUCCACUGUCACCUAUUAAAAAUGAAGUCCAUGCAGCCAGUAGAAGAUGCAGGGAAAAUUCAGGUGAAAACACAGCUAGCAGAUCUCGGGGCCGUGGGAGACGUAAUACCUCCUCAUCACCAGCACAGCAUGUUCCCGAACCAUCUACUGAAAGAGUAUUCAUCUGGGACUUAGAUGAAACAAUAAUCAUUUUUCACUCUUUACUCACUGGGACUUAUGCUACAAAGUACAAUAAGGACACACAGCAAAUAGUUCAGUUGGGUUUUAGAAUGGAGGAGAUGAUAUUUAGCCUUGCAGACACACAUUUCUUUUUCAAUGAUGUUGAGGACUGCGACCAGGAGCACAUAGACGCGGUGGCAGCGGACGACAAUGGCCAAGACCUUUCCGCAUACAACUUUGCCUCAGACGGCUUCCACGCGAGCGCCGCCACCAGCGCUGGCUUAUGCGCGCCUGGUAUGCGGGGCGGCGUUGACUGGAUGAGGAAGCUCGCAUUCCGCUACAGAAAGAUCAAGGACACCUAUAACAAUUAUAGGAACAGUGUGGGUGGUUUACUUGGACCAGCAAAGAGAGAACAGUGGCUACAGCUCCGAGCAGAAUUGGAACAAGCCACCGAUAACUGGCUUACGCUGGCGUGCAAAUGCCUCAACAUGAUCAAUUCUAGAGAAAACUGCGUCAACGUACUGGUGACCACCACGCAACUUGUCCCUGCACUAGCAAAAGUAUUGCUGUUUGGACUUGGAGGAGUGUUUCCCAUUGAAAACAUCUAUUCUGCAACUAAGACAGGCAAAGAGACGUGCUUCGAGAAGAUAAAGCAGCGCUUCGGCGACCGCUGCACGUACGUGGUGGUGGGCGACGGGCAGGACGAGGAGGCGGCCGCGAAGGCGAAGAACUACCCCUUCUGGAGGAUCUCGAGCCAUUCGGACAUCGCGGCGCUGUACAACGCGCUCGACAUGGGCUUCUUA